AUGUCGAAAACAAGGGAGAAUGAGAAUUUACUGAAAGACACGGCAGUUGUCAAGGCGUUGCAGAACGAGUAUAAAUUUAUGAACUACUGGCCAGAUUACCAUUUUGACAGCUUGCGAGGUAUUUACAACAGCGAAUUCGAAUCCAUGUGUGGGGGAUUGAAAGGAAGCUCCGAAUACAUCAACAAGCAGAAUUGCGUAAAGCUGUUUAGUAUUAUCGACAAUGUAAUCCACAGAGGAGGAAUUAAAGUGAAUGACGACAUCUGGGAUACCAUAAAAAAAUUAUUUGAUGAAAAUAAAGUCAAUAUAGAUCUGACGUCAAAUCACAUGAUUAGAUACAUUAAUGGUCUGGCAGAGGGACUACAAAAAGGACUUUUAGAUGAUUUUAAGAAAUUUAAAAAUUCUUAUGGAAAUUAUUACGAGCUUGACCAUAUAGCCAAGUUAUUUUAUUUUUCACAAAAUUUAGGAGACAUUAAAAAAAUUAUGAAUUCUCCAGAUAAUGCCAAUUUUGCUUCUUGUUGUGAAUUUGUAAAUCAAUGUCUGGAUAUUUAUCGACGAAUUAAGGACCUUAAGUGUUCGGGUAAUUCACACUCCAAAUUUAAUCCCAGUACUUUAUGCGUGGAAAUGAAUUCCUUUAUGGAAGCGUACAAAACUGGAUUGUAUCCAGAUCUCAAAUAUAGGAAACUUGUCGAAACAAAUAGUGAUGCCGCCAUAUAUGGCCCAAUAAAUUGUGACUAUUAUAAGCCUGCUAAGAAGGGAUUUUUGAGCAGAUAUAUUGGAUACGAUAUGGAAGAUUUGUCCCUUGGCAGCAAGCUGACGCUGGUUUCUUUUACUGUCCUUUUGGGAUCCCUCGGGAUGUUCAUGCUGUACAAGUACACCCCACUGGGAAAACUUUAUGGUGGAGACAAGAAAAGAAGAAGACGAACUUGGAGAAGAAUGGGACAUCCGUAUGAACAAGGACUGUAUGAAGAAAUGAGCAGCAUGGACUCAGGUUCGGAACCGAUAAACUAUAUGUCCCAUAAUGCUUCUCAAAGGAUGAGAGGCAAUACGCGUGAUGCAUCGCAAAGUAUGGAGACUGCUACUACUACUAAUACCGUUGAGUCAACGCAAACUUUGGAAAGCACAUCCUAUGACUCGUCCCAAAAGUUUGGAAAUUCAACAUACGGCUCGUCGCAAACGUUGGGAGACUCAACAUACGGCGCGUCACAAACGUUGGGAGGUUCAACAUAUGCCUCUUCGCAAACGUUGGGAAGUUCAACAGGUGGGGCAUCACAAACGUUGGGAGGUUCAUCGUACGGUUCGUCGCAAACGUUGGGAGACUCAAUAUACGCCUCGUCACAAACGUUAGGAGGUUCAACACAUGGGGCGUCGCCAAAUGUGAGAAGUUCAACACGUGAGGCUUCACAAACGUUAAGAAAUUCAACAUAUGCCUCGUCGCAAACGUUGGGAGGUUCAACGUAUGCCUCGUCGCAAACGUUGGGAGGUUCAUCGCACGGCUCGUCGCAAACGAUGGGAGAUUCAACGUACGACUCCUCCCAAUCGCUGGGAAGUGAGGGAUUCGAUUCUUCCGGAACUUUGAAUACCAUGAGAAAGUAA